AUGAAGCAAAUGGUCUCAUCUCAGACAUAUAACUUGGAUGCAAAUCUCAGCCUUCUUCGCUUGUACCAGUUUGAGCCCGAAAGGAUGAGCAUACAGAUUGUGGCCCACAUACUGAUUAAGGCUCUCAUGGCAAUGCCAGCCCCUGACUUCAGUUUGUGCUUAUUCUUAAUCCCUGAACAUGUGCAAAUGGGGGAGCAAUUCAAGGCAUUGAUAGUUCUUUCUCACUACCUAGAGACUGCUAGGUUCAGUCAAUUUUGGGAUGAAGCAGCAAAUAACCGCCACAUAUUGGAAGCAGUGCCAGGCUGA